GCCGCAUACGAGCAUCUAAAACAACGUAAUUCCUACAAAUAUCUGCAUAUAUUGAGAAAAAUCAAUUAGUUAAGUAAACAAAAAAAGUUGAAUUUGAAUCAAAGAUAAACAUGAAUUACAAAAGGAACAAUACUAUUACUGGUGUCACAUUAAGACUUCCUUUGUUUCUAUUACUCAUCAUCUCAUGUGCGAUUAAAGGCAAUGCAUGUGAAAGGAUUGAAGUCAGCUUGAAUGAUUGUCGAAAAUUGGAAGUUUACUUUCAAUGCAAGGUUAACAACUUAAGUUUAAGUGAUAAGCAUGUCGAUUUAAAUUUUAUGGCAGUAGAAAAAUCACCGAAUGAUUUACGGAUUGAGUCAUCAAACAUAUCGUUUAUUCCUCAACAAUUUUUUGAAAACUUCAAAGACAUUAAGGAAUUUGUGGCCAUAAACUGCUCCAUUAAAAACAUCUAUUAUGACACAUUUAUGAGAGCAUUCAAACUCCAUUACCUUGUGCUAUCGCACAACAAAAUUGGAGUUAUUCCAGAUUAUACCUUUCAAAAUAAUUCGGAUUUACAAUCACUGAAACUCGAUAACAAUGAAAUUAGAAUUCUCACAGCAAAUGUGUUUCGAGGUUUAGAUAUGCUGAGAACUUUAAAAUUGUCUUUUAACAAAAUUAUGUACCUGCCACUGUACAUCUUUAGCGAGUUAGAAAGUUUGGAAAUAUUGGAACUUGAUAAUAAUCAAAUUAGAAUUAUUUCUCAAGAACAAUUUACGACAAAUUUAAUGUUAACUCAACUUGAUCUCCACAAUAAUGAGAUACAAAUUAUAGACAAUGGAACUUUAGAUGCACUCACAAACUUACAACAAUUAAAUCUUGAUAAUAAUUCAUGCGUGAGUACAUCCAUUCAUGGCAUUAAAAAUAUUACAAGCAUUUUGAAAUGUUGUAUGACAUCUUCAGAGGAAAUUAAAUCUUGUUUGAUAUCAAGAAAUGAACUCGAAAAGAAAGCAAAUGGAAAUGAUGGAUAUGUUAGCAUUACAUUGGUUAUCAUCCUGGCCAUUUCUAUAUUUGGAAAUUUGUUACUAUUCUUAUAUUGCUUUGCUCACCGAAGAUUAAUGGAUAGAUUUAGAGGUAGAGAAGAUGUUAUUGAACUUGUUAACAAUAUGGCUGACAGUUCUUAUCAGGGAAUGUAAUCUAGUUGAAUUGAUUUUUAUUUAAAUUUACAUACUUUGCCAUAAUUACAAAGUUUAUACUCAAUCAUAUCAGAAAAUUUAAAUAAAUGAAUGAUUAAUUUAGAUGUCAUUAAAAAAAUGUAUUAAAUGCAUUACCAAAACAAGAACGAAUAUUGUCAAUUGUCCAAAACAAAGAAUCACAUUUCUAAAUCUAACAGCAG